CUAAUUUGGAUCGUACUUUCGCUUGCUACUUUGCUUGGCAAUAAGUGGACCUUUAUAUUUUUUAAACGCUAUCCUGGGUUUUACAGUCGUCAUGCAUCAUAAUGUCUACGAGGCUUGAGAGAUUAUUGACCCUUUUAGAUAAGGGCUCUACCCCUUUGUCAAGAAAAGCAGCCGCCGUCCAAAUAGGAGAAAUUAUCAAAUUUCAUCCCGAUGAACUUUUAAAUUUGCUAUUUCGCAUUCAUGAGUACUUAAAGAGCGCUAAUUGGGAUACCAGGACAGCCGCCGCGGAAGCUAUAAAGCAAGUUGCUGUUAAUAUUCCUAAAUGGCCGCCGGCAUCUGCUACAUUUUCUCAAUCUGAUAACAAACGGGAACUAAAUGAAUCAAAUUAUCAAUUAUCUUUUGAUAAUUUUGACAUUCACCGACUUGUCGAAAAUGGUCGCGCAAUGUUUAGUUCAGGGGGUUCAGAAUACGAUUUUGAAGAGGGCACGUUAACUGCAGCUCAGAGGCUGGAAUAUCACAAAAGAAACCUUCAAAGUCAGUUAGAAUUAAAUUUAGCCUUUAAUUCUAACAUUGGCAUCGAUAUUAAAAUGGAGGACUUGGAGGUCUUUAAGGAGACCCCUUCGAAAAGGACUGCGUCCACUAGUGAGGAUUCGUCUGCUUUCAUGAAGGGUUUAAGUGCCCGUCAAAAAAUACAACACAAAAGACUUUUGCGCACUAAAAAGGCUUCUGAGCAAACUUUUCCCAAGGAGAAGCCCAAUUGUUUCACUGGUGGAAACGUUGAAGGGCAUGUAAGUACCCACACGAGGCCUUCAAGCCGUGUUUUCGCUGCCGGCUCGGAAGAUUUCUGUUGCGCAUGGCCUUUUGAAGAGUUUUGUGAGGAAUUAUGUUGCGACCUUUUCGCGUCUUCUUGGGAGAUUAGACACGGAGCUGCCGCUGCUCUUAGAGAGAUCAUAUUAUCGCAUGGAGAAGGCGCCGGCAUGAUAUUAAACGAAUCCCCCGAAGAACAGCGUGCAGCGCAUUAUAAAUGGCUGGAAGAUGUCGCCAUCCGCAUACUUUGUGUUUUUGCGUUAGACAAAGUUGGUGACUUCGCCUUUGACCAAGUGGUGGCUCCGGUUCGAGAAACGAGUGCUCAGGCUUUAGGGGCUCUUUUAAAGUACAUGCCUGACAAUCUUAUUGAGAAGGUCCUAUUGGUGUUGCUCCAAUUGCAAACGAGGGACUCUUGGGACAUCCGUUAUGGCGGCCUGCUGGGCUUGAAGUAUAUUUUGAAUGUUCGAAAGGAUCUGACCAGUCGGCUUCUCCCGCAGGUUCUUCCCGCCUUGCUUUGUGGCUUAAAGGACAGAGAGGACGACGUACGCGCCGUUUCUGCGGAGUGUCUUAUUCCCGUCCUACCAGAACUAGUAACAGGCUCGUCCGAUUCUGUUCCUCUUCUGCUGCAAAUCUUGUGGGGAUUGCUGCUAGAUUUAGAUGACGUCACUUCCUCUACUGUCCAUGUUGUUUCUUUACUGGGGCGGCUCCUCUCCUAUUCGUCGGCAAUGAAGCUUAACGAAAAGGCCACGGGGAUGCCCUUUUCCCAGUUAGUCCCCCGCCUUACCAGCUUUUUUCGUCACGGCAAUAAGAAAGUGCGCAUGGCUUCCCUGAACGCAUUGGCUACUAUUGUUUCUUCUGCUGCAAGUGCCCAUUGGAUGUCGCUGGUCGGCACUGACCUUCUUAAGGCCGUAUUCUUGUGCUUUCUAGUCGAUGACGAUGAAGACGUUUACGACUCUGCACUCACUGUUUGGAAAGAACUUUUGGAGGCCAUGACACGUGGAAAUGAAGACUUAUAUCAAUUCACAGCACCUCUCUUUCACCAAUGGCUUACGAUGACGUGUGCACCACGUGGUUUUCCUUUUUCUCAUGAUUCCUCAAUGGUUACUUCCACUGUUUUUUCAGACAGAAGGAAUAAAAUUAUGAAGGUGGAUAUUAUGCCUUACGAUCGAGACGCUUCUGUUAGAAUUCGUCUGAUCUCCUCCUGCGCUUUAGCACUUCUCUGCACGUUUUAUAAGUCAGUGGAGCACUUUAAAGCUAUUCUCGUUUAUUUUGGGGAUUUGCUGAGUUCACUUUCGUAUUCGAACCGCUUAAUAACUGGUCUCUUCCUCACGGAGUUGGCCGCGCUAUAUUUCACGUGUGACGAACGAACGCAUAAUUUUCCCGACAUUUUGAUUGAAAAAGUUCAUAAUGUUCUAACUGAUCCCUAUGAAGUGUUGUAUACGGAAAUGGAACCUUUGCGAAAGCAAAUGCGGGGGGAUAUAUAUGAUAUUAUUAAUAGUUUUCGCAAUAGAGGACUUCCGCAAGAUGCUUACUAUGAAGUCGGCGACUUUAGAACGUACAAUGAGGAGCUUGCUUGUGAAUUUUUGAAUAACAUUUUUCCUAAAUGGUGGAAGCAGAUGCAUGCUUCGAUCGCUCGCUCGGAUAGCCGUUGGAUGAAUGUGGAGUCUCAAAGAAUUCGUUUAGAAGAAACUAUUAAGAAACUUUCUGAAGAACAAAGUAAAGAAAACACUAGUAUCCUUUCUUCGCUUGCGUAUUUUUCUAUUCAAGUCGGCCGACUGCUGCCAAAGUUGAACCCCAUUGUACAGCCACUCAUGAAGUCUCUCCGCUCCGAGUCCAAUGUCUCCCUGCAAAUGCGCAGUGCCAAAGGGAUUGCUCUCCUCCUGAAAAUGAAUGUAUCCCAUCAAAAAAUUAUUCGCAAUAUUAUUAGCUUUGCUUGCGCAGAUCCCACAGUGAAGCCGCCUUUGCCUGUUGAGUAUAAUACAACUGUGUCUGAUGGCAUAUGGUCUCUUGAAAAGGAGCUGCUAACCUCCAAUCCCAAAAGUUUUAAGCAGUAUUCUGAAAAUGACGAAAAGUUAGAUGCUUAUAGAAUUCAGGGAAGAGGGGGUCUCUAUGCGCUGUGUGAAAUUUGCCGAGUCUUCGAUAAAGAAUUAUUUUUAUUACUUCCUGUUCUUUUGGAAAAUUUUGUGGAGCCCAUCAAGAAUUUUUUUUUGGCGCCAAAUGGAACUUUGGGGCCUGUCAGUAUCGAAUCACUUCUAAAUUCGCUUCACUUCUUUAUAAUUUUAGUGCCACUUUUACAUGUGGAGCUUCGCGCUCGUGCGUUUGCGUGUUGCGAGUAUUUACUGGUUGGCUUGAAGAGUAGCUUCAAGUGUAUUCGCUAUAUGAGUUCUCAAUGCUUUGCCGUCCUUUGUAAAUGUGAUACUUAUCGCCUCGUUACGUUUGUUAUUGAGAAUAUUCUUCCUCAAAUAACUCACGCGGAUUGUCUUGUGCGUCAGGGUUGUAUAGAGUCUAUAUAUGUGAUUGUUGAGCGCCUGGAGUACUAUAUUGUCCCCUUUUUGGCCUUUCUAGUGAUUCCUGUGCUUGGGCGGAUGAGCGAUGAGGAUGCCGAUGUACGUCACCUGGCGGCAUCUUGCUUUGCUGCCCUUGUUAAACUGAUGCCGUUAGAGGUCGGUAGUGCUGGACCUAUUGGUUUGAAGCCGGAUCUUAUAGACCAAUGGAAAGAGGAACGGAAAUUUGUUUUACAACUAUUGGACAAUACUUUAACGAAUGAGAUCGAAAUACCGUCUAUAGUUAGGGCCGAGCUGCGCUCUUAUCAAAGAGAGGGUGUGAAUUGGCUGUUUUUCUUAAAGAAGUACAACUUGCACGGAAUUCUUGGAGAUGACAUGGGCCUUGGAAAAACACUGCAGUCCAUUUGUAUAAUGAGCUUGACUCUCGAUGAAAAGGGUGGCGCUGGACGUCCACUAGCCCAUUUAGUCGUUUGUCCGUCCACGCUUUGUGGUCAUUGGCAGUGGGAGAUUCAAAAUUUUUCUUCAUUGAGACCUUUUUCGUAUGUUGGAACCGUGUUGGAACGGGCCAACUUGCGCACUUCCUUAACGAAUUUUGAUGUGAUAAUAACUUCAUAUGAAGUUUUAAAAAAGGAUAUUGACUUCUUAUCAACAAUGCAUUUUUCUUAUUGUAUACUCGAUGAAGGUCACAUCAUAAAAAAUUCCAGAAAUAAGCUUUCCCUAUCGUCUAAGAAGAUCCAUGCCAAUCAUCGCUUAAUUCUCUCGGGGACACCCAUUCAGAACAACGUGCUUGAGCUGUGGUCGCUUUUUGACUUUCUCAUGCCCGGCUUUCUUGGCACUGAGCGUCAGUUUUAUGAAAAAUAUGAAAAGCCCAUAAUGCAUAAAGGAGAGGAGAAGCCAUCGACACCCAAAAAUGAUGAAACUGCCAUGCUGGCUCUUGAGAAUCUUCACCGCCAAGUUUUGCCUUUCAUACUGCGACGUGUCAAAGAAGAUGUUUUGAAAGAUCUACCUCCUAAGAUCAUUCAAGAUUAUUAUUGCCAGCUUAGUCCACUUCAGGCUUCUCUGUACGAUGAGUUCUCAAAAACUUUGCUUGGUGACGAACUUCGAUCCGCAGCGUGGUCUCUGCAAGACGGUCAGACUCCCGCCAAAAAAAGUUCAUCUUCAGAAGAGGCUUCUGUCCAUAUAUUUCAAGCAUUGCAAUACUUACGCAAACUUUGCUCGCAUCCGAAGUUAGUUCUCACCAAUAAGCAUCCAGAAUAUUUAAAGUUGCAAUCAGAAAAUGUUAAUAUUAAUAGUAUCGAGCAUUCACCCAAACUUGUUGCCUUAAAGCAGUUGUUAAACGAUUGUGGCAUUGGCGUGGAUUCCGGGCAGGAGGACACCAGCCUGUCUACGGUAACCAAUCAUCGCGUUUUAAUAUUUUGUCAGCUUAAAGCGAUGCUUGAUAUUAUUGAAACGGACUGUCUUGCCUCCUUUAUGCCUCAAGUCACUUACUUGCGUCUGGACGGAAAUACGGAACUCUCGAAGCGUCAUGAAAUAGUACAGAAGUUUAAUUGUGAUCCCACCAUCGAUUUGCUUUUGUUAACCACACAUAUUGGCGGAUUGGGUCUAAAUUUGACGGGAGCCGACACCGUUAUAUUUAUGGAACAUGACUGGAAUCCCAUGAAAGAUUUGCAAGCAAUGGACCGAGCUCACCGCAUUGGACAAAAAAAGGUUGUGAAUGUUUAUCGCUUUAUAAUGAAAAACACUCUUGAAGAGAAGAUCAUGGGCCUUCAGAAAUUCAAGUUAAAUCUCGCCAACACCGUAAUAUCCACCGAAAAUGCGUCUUUGCAGGGCUUGAAUACUACUCAGUUGCUGGAUCUUUUGGGUGACGAGAAAAAAUCCAAAGCAUCGUCAAAAUCCAAUUCAGAGUCAAAGCAAAAUUUAAGAGAAGUCGUAGAACAGUUAAGCGAUUUAUGGGAACAGUCGCAAUACGACGAAGAAUAUAAUUUAGAUUCCUUUCUGGAAAAACUUUCAUAA